CCGGGGCUCUCUCUGACUGCCAUUGGCUGUCAUGCAUCUGGGAGAAAUACGUGGACCUGGACAUGUGAUGAACCACAACCACCCCUGCAACACCACGCUAGUACAUCCUUGCCCGCCAUCCUCACCUCGCCGGCUCUACCGAUGUUCCCCUCAUCACCUCUUCUUCCACAAUGGGCAGCAACACGCUCUCGCUAGCUGAAGCCGCCGGCAACAGCGACGCAGACGACGAAGACUACUGCUGGACCCCUCUCCAGCUGGCUGCCAAGGAAGGCGACCUCGCCGCUGUCACCGCCAUCCUUGCUCAACAUGCCCAAGACUCGGUCGCCGACAUAGUCAAUGCCCCGCCUGUGGGCUACUACGGCCGCACCGCUCUCCAGGCAGCCUGCGAGUCUGGCCACGAGGCCAUCGUAGCCGCCCUUCUCGCCGCCGGCGCCGCUGUCGAUGCUCCCGGCGGGCACAACUCGGGCCGCACAGCCCUGCAGCUCGCCUGCCUGACGACGUCCACGGCCGCCAUUCCGAACCUGCAGCAGCACUAUGCCACCGAGCAGGAGCUGCGCGACCACCAGUCGGCCCGCCACCGGAUCGUCGACAUGCUCCUCGGUGCUGGUGCCGAUAUCAAUACUCCCGCGAGCAAGUACUCUGGUCGGACCGCGCUGCAGGCUGCCUCGGAAGCCGGCGACCUACGGCUCGUCGAGAAGCUGCUUGGGCUAGGGGCUCAUGUCAAUGCUGGCCCGUCGACCACGCUGGGACUCACGGCUCUCCAGGCGGCAGCCGGCAGGGGGCAUCUGGACGUCGUUAGGGCACUACUGACCGCGGGUGCAAAUGUGAAUGCUCCGGCUAGCAGAUAUCGGGGCUUCACUGCUCUACAAGGGGCAUGUCUACACGGCGACAGCAUGGAGCUCGUCGGGAUGCUGCUGGAGGCGGGAGCAGAUCCAGACCUGGGAGGAAGCAAGUUCCAGGGCGGCUCUGCUCUGCAUGCGGCCGUCGAGGGCGGGAAUAUCGACAUUGUGAAGGGGCUGCUCGCGGCUGGGGCAAGCGUCGAUGUCACGGCUGGUGGUCUGCCAGGACAGACUCCACUGCAGAGUGCCAUGCUCCUGCCCGACGGUGUGAGAGAGCCCAUCGAGAGGGCACUGAUCACUGCGGGAGCUGUUCCGGUAUCAGGAUUCAAGAGGCCGACACUGCUCUUCAGUGCUUCUCACAAAGAUCUGAAGUCGCGUUGAGAGUAGUCUUGUUAUGUGGAAAUAAACACAGUG